ACAGACGUCUGCUAAUCAUUGCACUGUAUUGUUUCUUUUUAAUUUUCUGUGAAAGUAAAACUAUUAGCAAAAAAGACAAAAAUUUACUAGCACUAUUGGGAUAUCUCCAUGGAUAUAAAAUUGGAUAUGAUAAUGGACAUCACUUGCCCCCAAUCAUGCCAAUCAUAGUACUGCCAACAAUAAACCAACACCAGAGCAUUAGUAUACUAAAAACGAUUUACCAAAAUGAAAAGAACAACCAAUCUUCACAACCGGCUAAACCUGAAUCAACGAACUCUACCGACUAUAACGACGAAUUCGAAGAUGUAGAAGUGCUCAAUCAGUACUCAAGCAGAGAUUCUCCUGAACCAAAAAUUAAUAAAAAUGAAUUUGAAGAAGUUAACGACUUGUUACGAGCUACUACGAAAAAUGCAACAGCUGUCAAUACAUCAACUGUUCAGGCUCAAACAGAAACUACCACAAAUGUUCCUGAAGAUAAAACUACAAUACCAUCGAAUACUACAGAAACCCCAGAUAUUGGAUACCCAACGGCUGUGUAUAAUAAUGAAUUCGUCACUUCUGUAGAAUUGACAACUACAGAAAGUGAUAAAGGGUCGGAUCUUCCUCCAGUAGAUGAUAAUAGGUGGCAAAACUUUACUAAUGUUGUGUCAAAUGCCACACAAGUAAAUGGCAGUCUAGAUACUUCAACUACGCAACACUGGGGUCCCUAUCCGGCUGCCCUAUAUGACAAUAGUGCGGUAAAUAACCUUGAACUAACGACACCAGUUUACCAAAAUGAUACAUUUCUUCCGCCAGUUGAGGAUGAGAGAUGGAAAAACUUUUCUUCUGACACAUUUUAUGAUAAUUCGGGGCAGUUUAAGCCGUUAGCGGGUUUGUACUACGAUGGAUUUUUGCACAAACCUUUGAAGAAGGUAGGUUUUGUUCCAAGACCUAACUACAUUUUUUAA